UGACCAGGGGCGCGGUGCAUGCUGGGUGUUGAACAUGGCGCAGCCCAGUUCGGGUCCCGUGGGUAGUAUCUGAUCGGUUUAAUACGAGGAAAAUGCCUCUGGUGGUCUUGUGCGGCUUCCCCUGCAGUGGGAAGAGUCGCAGAGCGGGAGAGCUGCUGGAACAUCUGGAGAAGAUGGGGAGAAAGGUUUGUAUCGUUGGAGACCAUGCCCUUGGGUUAGACCGGAAUGCUGUGUAUGCAGAUUCCAGAAAUGAGAAGGAAGUUCGAGGGACCCUGAGAGCUGCAGUUGAAAGGAAGCUCAAUAAAGAAGAUGUUGUAAUUCUGGAUUCCCUCAACUACAUUAAAGGUUACAGAUAUGAGCUGUAUUGUCUGAUUAAACAUGUGCAGACCCCUCACUGCCUGAUCCAUUGCCUGACAUCACCAGAGACCAGCUCCACGUGGAAUCAACAGCGAGAACAGAGUGAGCGCUACACUCAGGAAAUCUUUGAUGCUUUAGUACAGAGGUUUGAAGCCCCAGAUUCCCGCAAUCGAUGGGACAGUCCCCUCUUUACAUUGCAUAUGGAUGACGAGCUGCCAGUUGAACCGAUCUGCAAUGCCAUCUUUCACAGAAAGGCUCCUCCACCCAACCAGUCAACACAAACCCAACCACUGUCCUCUACAAACUUUCUUCAUGAGCUGGACAAGGUGACACAGGAAGUUGUAAGCGCCAUCUUAAAUGCCCAGAAAACCAGCAUUCCAGGAGAUGUCAUUGUGGUGCCUGGAGCUACUGAAAGAAUAGUUCUGCCACGGAUCCUGAACAUGUCUGAGCUGAGGAGGCUUCGUCACCAGUUUAUAAGUUACACCAAGCUGCACCCCAACGAGAACAUCUCUCAGCUGGCAAACAUGUUUGUGCAGUAUCUGAACCAGAGCAUCUGCUAA